AUGUUUGUUUUCAUCACAGGCAAACAAGGAAUUCAAAUAGUGAAGAAAAUCUUAACGAACUCGUUACUUGCACCGAUUAAUAUCAGUCUCGUAUUUACAUCGAUUAUCCUUUUACAAGGUCAUACGCUGAAAGUGGCUAAAACGAAAAUCAAAAAUGAUAUGCCCAAAACAUUCGCGGUCGGCUCAUGUUAUUGGCCAUUUGUUUCAUUCAUCAACUUUCGUUUCAUACCAUUGGAUUACCGACCGAUUGUUGGAAGUUUAGCUGGAGCUUUGUGGAACAUCUAUGUUUCGUCAGCUGCGAAUAAUCCCAAACUAAAUCCGGAUGGUAGUAUACAAGCAUCAGCUGGAACAGCGCCAACUUUACUAGCGGAAACAAGUGGAACAGCAGUACCAGCAAUACAUGAAGCAUGGAAGACGGUUGACAACAAUAAAAAGAAUGCGUAG